AUGGUUGGUGUCCCAAAAAGUACUGGGUGCCUCAUCUGCCGGAAAAGGAAAAUUAACGAAACCUGGCCAGCUUGCUUGAACUGCCAAAAGAACGGCAAAUCCUGCCCUGGCCCCCCAGCACGACAUACUUUCAGAGACCUCGGUCCUAGAUUUAAUCCCAGCUCUGCGAGAUUUGCGGCAGACCAGGCCAGUGCACCAGCGGAACACCGAGAAAACCGCUUGACACAGCUCAACGAAAAAUACGCCGAAAAUGGCUCAGUUGUCCACAAGUUCAGGAUAUCGAACGGUGGUUCGACACUUCGAAAAAGGUCCCCGCGCUCAGUGUCUGCGAGUUUGAGUCCGCCCAAGUCUCCUUUUCUGAGACAGCCGUCGCCAUCGCAAGAUCAACAGCUCGCCUACGCCUUGAUUGCAGCUACUCGAACGGGAAGUGCUGGACACCGAAUGUCCGUCUUUGGAUCGUUUAUUCAAGAAGUCCCAGCAAGGAUUGGAUAUAACCCCGCCCUUGACGCAGCCGUCACCGUCCUCGUAAACGUCCAUUCAUCGCUGGUCUAUAAGAAGUCAGCGAACGAGAUUGUUUCCCCCGAGCUCUACAUCCGUGCCAUCAAGACAUUGCAGACAUGUCUUGAACACCCCCAGCUCGGCCUAUCACCCGAGACACUUUGCGCAUCGGUCCUGCUUGGUCUGGUUGAGGCGUUUGCGGGUCCACGGACGGGCAACAGAUAUCUGACGCACGUAGGAGGCGCGGGUCGAUUAAUGGAACUACAAGGUCCAGGAACGUACCAAGACACCUUCACAAAGGAGAUGCUGCGCUUCAACCGAGGUGGAAUAAUCAUAACUUGCAUGUACGAGCGUAAACCGUGCUUCCUCGCUUCGCCCGGCUGGCGAGAAAUCGCUUUCGACAAGACAGGGCUUGGAUUCGACGAUUGUCUCAACACUGACUUGAUGCAAUAUAUGGCUGAACUGCCAGGUAUCUUCAACCAACUAAAAGAGCUGGGCAACCAACACGUCUUUCACCUUCCGCAUAACAUGAGCUUCAAUUUUGACUCAAGUGAGAGUUCUCACAAAUCUUUCUCUGGGACUCCCCCAUCGUUGGACUUUUCUUCCGACUCUUUCGAUGAUAUGGACUUCCUGGACGAACUACAACCCAUCAAUGCCCCCUACUCAGUCGACACAAGCUCGUUUGCCUGUCCAUACGAACCUGCACGAUCUGCCUUGCUGCACAAGGUACGUAAUCUUAAGGCUGCCCUUCGAACUUUGGGCGAGCAUAUGAAUGCGAAGCUCAGAAAUGGUACCGUUGCUGCUGAGGCAAUAUCCAGCGAAAGUGAUAGCCCCAUACGCAACAUCUAUCACUUCAACAAUUGGCGAGAUAUGACGGCAUACAACUGCUUCUGGUCUGUCGUCAUAUUAACGAACAAAGUUUUAACACGGCUCUUGCCACCGUGGGACCGAACUGUAUAUGAUCUGCAAUGCGAAUGCCGAUCCCUUGCUCUGGAGAUCUGCAAGACAUGGGAGGAUGCUUGGGCUAGCAGGCCUAUCGGCGCAUUUCAUACGGGCCUCAGUUUCGUCGUGGCGUAUGAAUACUGUACGACGGAGGUCCGGCAGUGGAUCAUCAGAGCUUUGAAUUCCCUUCUGGACUACCAGCAGGUCGAUGCAUUCCGCUGGUCUGAUGAAGUCAUUACCCACAUGUCUUCUAAGCUUGCUGGGGAAGGACCAGAUCUUGCGUUCUCCAACAUUAGGGUCUCAGGAGAAGGGACUUGA